ACAUGGCGGCUGGUGCGUCGUUCGACAAACAGGGUUAAAAUCUCGUUCUCCCAUAAUCUAACGUCGCCGUUUGUACUAAUUAUCUACUUUCAUUCCUUCCUUGUGACCCAUGCUGUUCGAAUAGUUAGUUUGUAGAACGACUUAGGGGUAAAAUUGUGCGUGAGAGAGGGAAGAAGUGUCGGGAUGUUGUCGUUUAGUCGUCUGCAGAGAAGACAGGUGGCGACGUUCGUUCUGACCUGGGUGGCGUACGCCUCCACAUACCUGGUCAGGAAACCGCUGGGGGUGAUCAAGACAGACCUGGCCUCAGAACUGAGUUUGACUAAAACACAGCUGGGAUGGCUGGACACCUCCAUGCUGUUACCUUACGCUACCAUGCAGAUGAUCCUGGGUCCUCUGGCAGACAAGUUUGGUGCCCGUAGUACCCUGGCCUGGUGCCUGUUUCUGUCAGCAGCCUCUGUGGUUGGAUUUGGUACAUGGAUAGACGUGUUCCUUCUCAUGAUCAUGCUGUUCUUCAAUGGAGUUGCUCAGGCUCAGACGUGGCCGUGCUGUGUGAAGGCCCUCGGCUCCUGGUACCCUGACAGGCAGCGCAACGCCAUAUUUGGUAUCUGGGGGACCUGUACCUUUGCUGGGGGCAUCAUGGGAACUGGUCUAGCAGUACACAUACAGAGGAUGUAUGGAUGGAGGUCUGUGUUCUUCUACCCAGCACUCGUAGUGGCUGCAGUGGGAGCACUUGUCUAUAUCUUCCUGCACACUCCAUGGGAAGUUGGGCUGGAUAUACCAGGGAAAGAUCCAGAGCCAGUGUCUAAAGCAGGAAACACCACUUCCCUCAAAUUCUGGCAACUGUUGGGAAUAAAAAUGUUACCAGAGCUGGCUGCUACUGUCUUCUUUGUAAAGAUUGUCAGGUACUGUCUGCUGAUGUGGCUGCCUAUGUACUUGUUUCAAGAGCUUCAUUACAGCAAAGCUCAAGCAGGGUUGCUGUCUACUUCAUUUGAGAUUGGUGGUGUGUUGGGAAGUGCAACACUGGGAGUGUUCAUUGAUAAACUGUUCCAUGGUGACAGUCUGCAGGGGGUGUCUACAGUCAUCAUGUUCAGUACCCUGUCCCUGAUCCUGUUCCUCCUCACCGCCUCCUGGGGCAUACCCUUCAACGUCAUGUGUAUGCUGCUGACAGGGAUGUUCAACUGUGGGCCUGAUGCCAUCCUGACUGGGUCACUACCUACACAGCUGGGGGACAAGGAUGGGAGGAAUGCACACGCCGCCAUCUCAGGGUUCAUUAACGGUUUUGGCAGUGUGGGUACAGUGUUGCAGGGUCCCAUCAUCGGAGCCAUAGCAGAGUGGUACGGCUGGGAGGGCACCUUCUACUUCAUGAUCGUCGUUUCUCUGAUAGCAACGUUCUGCAUCUGUCGAGCUGUGUCCACACGGCAGGAUCUACCAGGGGCAUUGGUUAGAUAGCCCAGUCAAACUGUUUCACUGUAGGUUAGCUUCAGUUUUGAGCUCAAAUUUGAUCUGUAUUUUUAAGCUCAAAUUUGAUCUGUAAACAAAUUUGGAACUGAAACAUCCUGUUGUUACAUCUUUUGAUGAUGAUAUUGACUGAGAGAGAGAGAGAGAGCUUCCAUUGAUACAUGUAUCUUAGUAGUAACACUCUGUAAGUGUUAAGUACGUGUCUUCCUAUACAUGUUCAUGUGGCCCCUUUUGGGCCAUGUUCCCCAAUUUUCACACAGAAUAUUUUCUAGACCAAUACAUAUCCAUCUAAUCUUAAGUGCAAUUCAAAAUACGUUAGGAUAUUCUCAAAUGCAAUGGUUAAUGUAGUUACUUACAGACUCAGGUUUCCAUAACGCAUUGUGCUAGAUCCUUGUGAGUGUAAUGAGUUAUAAUACUGCAGUGUUGAUACAAAACAAGACCAGUUCACAGAAGGAUAAGGGAAUUCUCGUCAAUUGUAUUUUGCUUGCAGUAAGACACCUGGUGUAACAGCAGGCUAUUUUAAGUACCAGAAGUGUAUAUUGUAUCAUGCUACAAUGCUCUUAGACACCUGAUAUUCUAUGCAUCAUGGAGGUUAACCUUGUGAUAAUUGUUUACCAUUUGUUUGGUAUAUGUUUAACCAAACUUCCAUGGUGAAGUGAAAAUUAUUUACCAUUAUUGAAGUUCUACAUGAUCCCAAUAAAAAGGUUAGACUUAUUGGUAAUUUUCCCGUCUACAAACUUUACUCGAGAAGUAGUUAAUUAGCCACAAGCAAACUUAUUUAUAUAUGUACUUACUAACAAAGAAGGCUACAACAACCUUACUGACAGACUUGGAAACAGAAAUGAGAAAACAACAAAGGCUUUUUUACCUGUAAUCAUUGUGCAUAGGAAAGUAGUGUAAUAAUCCAUUUCUCACAUUUCCUGAUUCGUCUAAAAUAAAUCAGAAUUCCACAAAUGCUGUAGGUUUUCUACAUUAAGUUUGCAUGUCAUCUUAGAAACUGUCCUAGAGAGCAUACAUAUCAUCUGAUUUGAGGAUUGUGAAGACAAGUGAUUAAGGAAUUGUGGCUGUGAUCCACUAAUU